AUGGAGUCCAACACGCUGCGCAGACAGAGGCUACAGCCGGGGAUCGGGUUCGGUUGCGGGGGGGUAAACACCGGGACCCUGCGAUCCUCCUUGCGGCCCGGGGUCACCGUCGCUCCGCUGCUGCCCUCCCCCGCUUCUCUGUCGCUCAGCUCCGGGCCUCCACCUCCGCCGCCCCCUCUGCAGCUGCACAGUCUGUACGGAGGCCUGGGCUUCGGCGCGGGGCUCGGAGGGUCUCUCGGGGGCGCAGGACACUCCAACCCCGCGGUGCUGAAGGAGGCUGUGGAGGCCGUGGUUCGGAGCUUCGCCAAACACACGCAGGGAUAUGGCAGAGUGAACGUGGUGGAGGCGCUGCAGGAGUUUUGGCAGAUGAAGCUGAGUCGAGGGGCAGACUUGAGGAACGGGGCUCUGGUGGUCUAUGAGAUGGUCCCCUCCAACUGCCCCCCCUACGUCUGCUACGUCAGCCUCCCCGGGGGCAGCUGCUUCGGGAGCUUCCAGUUCUGUCCAACCAAAGCAGAAGCUCGUCGCAGCGCGGCCAAAAUCGCUCUGAUGAACUCCGUCUUCAACGAACACCCGUCUCGCCGCAUCACAGACGAGUUCAUAGAGAAGAGCGUUGGUGACGCGCUCGCUCCGUUCAACGGGAACAGAGAGGAGGCGGACAACCCCAACACAGGCAUCGGGGCCUUUCGCUUCAUGCUGGAGUCCAACAAAGGAAAGUCAAUGCUGGAGUUUCAGGAGCUGAUGACAGUGUUCCAGCUGCUGCACUGGAACGGGAGCCUGAAAGCCAUGAGAGAAAGACAGUGUUCACGCCAGGAAGUGCUGGCUCAUUACUCCCAUCGCGCCCUGGACGAUGACAUGCGCACUCAGAUGGCCGCGGACUGGGUGAACCGCGAGCAGAGCGUGGCAGGGACCAUCGGCCAAGAGCUGGCCUCCACGGAGCGCGAGCUGGAGGAGGCGCGGCUGGCGGGUCGAGAGCUGAGAUUCCACAAAGAGAAAAAGGACAUCCUGAUGCUCGCGGUGGGGCAGCUCAACGCCGCCAACGCCGCCACUCUGCCCUCGCACUAA